UUUGCACCAAAAGAUAAAACAAAAACUAAACGGACAAACAGCACUUUUUGAAAUUGAAAUUUUCUCACUGUUCCUCAUCUCAACAUUUAAUUGCCUUUUGCCCAUUUAUUCAACUCUAUUAAUCCAUCAAUUUUGGGUUUACCAAUUUGUGUAACAACACCGCUAAUUGAAAGUGAUUCACAAUUUUACAAAAUUCAAAGUGAAAAGUGAAAAAAGUGGGAAAAUAAGUUGUACGAAAUUAAAAGUGUAAACAGCAAGUGACUACAAAACCUGAAACUUGAUACACCAAUAAAGCAACUUUACACAAUGUAAUUAAACAACAAAUUAACAACCAGCAAAUAUCUACAAUAUAAAUUUAAUUAAACAUGUGAGGAAGCCUUCAAUGUUUGUGUUACCCAGUCAAGGUAUGGAUGAGGAUAAACCAUUUGAUCUUAGUGUUAAACCAAUUAAUAAUAAUAAUAAUAACAUCACCAAUAACAUCACCAACAACAACAACAAUAAUAAUAACCAUCAUCAUCAUCAUAAUCAUUCAACGAAAUUGUCAUCGUCCAAUUCAUCCGGAAAUGCAAGUAAACUCACCAAUUUCGGACCAGCACCAUGGAUUGAUAGAUCUCUAAUAACUCCACCAUCAGCUAUACUUCAAGGUACAUUGGGAGCUGAACUUGAUAUUAUAUCAGGAAAUAAAGUCGAUUAUACAAAUUAUGUUAAACGAUAUGCCAAUGCCUUGGACUGUGGAUCUGAAUUAUGUAGGGAUCGUCAGUAUCGUGAACAUUUUCACUGUUUAGAUUGUUAUUCAAAGGUUUUCGUUAAAAAAGAAGAAAUGAUCCGUCAUUUUAAAUGGCACAAGAAAAGGGAUGAAUCUCUGAGAAACGGUUUCCUCCGUUUCUCAUCAUUAGACGAUUGUUCAGAAAAAUUUCCCAACUGUCCACAUCGGAUGAAACAAACCCAUUACCAUUGCCUGAAGCCGGGUUGUCGUAAGAUUUACAUUAGUACCUCUGAUGUGUCUAUGCAUGCCUCAUGUCAUCGAAAGGACGCUGCAAUCAUUGAACAAGGUUUUCAACGUUUCAGGGCAGCUGAAAAUUGUCUCUUACCUUCAUGUACUUUCUAUGGAAGGAAAACAACCCAUUUCCAUUGUAUAAGAGAUUCGUGUGGUUAUACGUUUAAAAAUAAAGCCGAUAUCGAAAAACACAAAACUUAUCAUAGUAAAGAUGAACAAUUAUGUCGUGAUGGUUACAAGAAGUUCAUGAAACAUGAAGCCUGUACCUUUGACGAUUGUCGAUUAUCCAGGAAUUCCAAUCACAUUCAUUGUAUCAGAAUAGGCUGUAAUACGGUUCUUCAAUCAACAAGUCAACUUUAUUCUCAUAAGAAGAAACAUGAACGUAAAGAGUCUGAAUUAGGAAUCAAGAAACUUCAAUUGGCAACGGAUAUGCUACGUCAAAUUAAGGAAAAAGAGUCUAGUUCAAUGGAAGAGGGUACCUCAGAGGAUGACCUUAAUGGAUGCAAUAAUAACACAAUGAACAGUCUUUCAGCUGAGAUUGAAAAUUUAACUAACGAUAUACAAAAUAAUAGCUCAAGUAUUACCUUAGAAAAUAUUAUUGGACUGAUUUUGGACCAAGUUUACCUUGAAACAUAUACCAAAUUUAAUUCAGAUAUGAGAUGUUUCCAGUCGGAUUGUUCAUACAAAUACAAAGAACAUUAUCAUUGUAAUAAAUGUGAAAUUAGUGUUUCCCGGGACAAUUUACAAAAACAUGCCAAAGAACAUUUAAUGGAAGAAGAAGCAACGAAAUUACUUCUUGAAGAAUCAGAAGAAGGAAAAAACUGCCGAGAAGAUUGUCCUUUAUUCCGCAAGGAAACUCAUUAUCACUGUCGAAUGUAUGGAUGUAAUUUUGUGAUAGACAUGAAUGAUACCAGCUUUAAACGUCUAGAUCAUUAUAAACUGCACGAAGAACAGCAAAUUUUAAUGGCCUCAAAUGACCCAAACCCAGAGAGUGAACCUUCUUCCGCAGCUUCAUCAGCACCAUCUAAUGCCUCUGAUCGACCCGCUUCUGGUCUAUCUCAACCCAUUACCCAAACAUAUCCAACUGGAACUACACUCACAUCAAUCGAUGGAUUUCCAAUAUUUAAACGUAAACGCGGUCGUCCACCCAAGAAUAAACCCGAGUCUAUCAGUGAUGGUUAUUACCCAUCCGGACCUCGAUCCAAUCUCACCGAAAACAGUAACCCACCAGGACCUCAUGCAAACCUUCCUCUGCCCCUUGGAUCUCUGUUGAAUCUUGCAGCAACCGUUGCCGUUGCCUGCCUUGGACGUGAUCUGUUUCCCGGAGCACCCAACUUUGGUCGACCCAACUUUGGCCUUGGCGGGGUUGGCGGCCGUCCUGGAGGAUUGGGUGCUCUUGGAAGUACGGGAAAUGGUUUGGGUGAAGGUUUAAUACCAAUACCUUUGUUGCCCCAAACCAAACCUGAACUAGAAGAUGGUUUCUAUGUAUUCAAUGAUGGUCUUCCCUGUCCCUUUGAAUCUUGCUGUUUCAUGUUAAGGAAACACUUUCACUGCUCCAAACCUCGCUGCUAUUUUGUAACCGAUAAAGAUGAUGUAAAAAGUCGCCGUGAACAUUCAAAAGAUUUUCAUGAUUUCAUCGAUAUUAAGGAAGGUUUCGCCUUCUAUGAUAACCUUGUCAACUGUUGUUUACCCGGUUGUCGGUAUAGUAAAAUUUCAACCCAUUUCCAUUGUAUUAGACCAGGAUGUUUCUAUGCUUUUCAACGGUAUCAUGAAAUGUCGGACCAUGAGAAGCAACAUGCUAAUGGUAACAAAAAUAACCACCUCAAUGGAUUUAGUCAUUUACGUGAUGCAGAUAAUUGUUCACCUCCGGAUCGAGGACUUGAUGAGAACUCUAGGUGAUGAGAAUGUUGAUAAUGAUGAACUAAAAAUUCUGCAAACAAUUAAUGACUGUCUGAGAAAAAUUCAUCUUGUUCAAGAUGAAAAGAAGCCUGAAUUAAGAAACUUGGUCCGAACAAUUGAAAGUCCCAAAAAAAGCGUUGGAUCAAGAAACAGUUACACUAAAUGAUGUUGAUUAUCAUUAAUAUAUUUAAUUUAUAAUAACAAAAAAAGUUAUAACUUUAGCUUUCCUGUAAUCUAUUUGUAAUCAUAAACCCUCUGAUCUUCCUGUUCAUUCAUCAUUCUAUCUUUCUAACUGUUCACCCUUUUUUUCAUGAUAAUCAUUAUCAAGCUCAUCAUCAUCCUCAUCCUCAUAUCUUUUCCCUCUCUUCUUUAUAAUAAUCAUCCUUGAUUAACAGCAAAACAAAAGGAUAAUCAGCCGAAGUGUAUGGAUAAAGAAAAGCGCAUUUAAAUUAUUGAGAAAAAAUUGAAAAACAAAACAAGUGCAAAGGUUAAUCUGUUUGAUGCCUUAAUUGUUCACAAUUUGGAUCAUUGAUGCAAAUUGAAAACCCAAGUGUCGACAUUACUUGCAUCUUGUUGUCUUGGUGUUCAAUCCGUUUUAAAAGCCUUCAACUCGACAUCCAAAUCCAAAGAUGCCUUCACUUUUCAUCUUAACCCGUUCCAGCCAGUGAUUACUCUUAAACUUCGUCCAUAAAUCAGAAUCGAAAGAUGAAAUAAACGAAAUGGAAAUAAUGCCUUUAAUCGUUGACCAGGAGAACCCAACCUCGUGGAUAAACGCAGAGGAUCAAAGCACCCACCAAAAACCAUCCAACUUGCCUUGUUAAUUAGUUGUCCUUUCAAACAGAUUUUGCCUUAAUCACUGUAAAGUCAAAAAUUAUUAAGUCUAUAAACACAAAGAAGCGAGAAAAAUACAAAUUUUGUUUCAUUAA